AUGGCGGAGAGGAAGCGCUGGGACAAGCAGCAGCAGCAGCAGCAGGACUUGCAUCUGUCCCGAGGCGACAGCAGCUCCGCCGCCGAGGCGAAGGCGGACCCCGUGCUCACGCGGCAGCUGCAGUACAUCAAGGUGCUGGAGGAGCGCAACCGCGUCAAGAAGCGCCUGGCCGCCGCCUCGAAGCGCAACGACCGGCUGCAGGAGCGCGAGGAGGCCUUCGUCACGGCCUUCAACGUGCCCGCGAGAGCCGCGGGCACAGCUCAAAUCCCUUCGACGUCCUCACGCAGCACGAGAUCCACCACGUCGGUGCUGCCCACCAAGUUCUCGUCCAAGCGGGAGGAGGCCAACCCCCUCUCCAAGUGCAGGUCGGCGCCGUCCACGACGCUGAACUUUGGCUCGGCGGCGGACGAGGAGAAGGGGCCGGUGCGACGAGCGAAGUGGAGCCGCCCUCAAGCUCCGAUGGGCGUCGCGGUGGAGCAUCAGGACGGAGUGCCGCUGUUCCGGCUGACGACACAGAAGGAGGUCGAGGAGAAAGAUGGAGAAGAGGAGGAGGAGGAUGAAGAGGAGAGCUACUUGGAGGAUCCUGUGGACCUAUCGAAGACGACGAAGGAGCUGGUGAGGAUCAUCCAACAUCUUUCUCGAACGAAGCAGCGAGCGUUGGUUGAUGUGCUUCGCAAGUUCCAGGCGAGUGAGCAAGAUGCGGACGAUGUGAAGGUGCUGCAGAGUUCGAUUGGCGAUCCUGCUAUCUGGAAGGAGAUCACGUCGACGUUGAAUCCGUCCACGUCUGCACCUACAGACGCAAAGACAACGGCAGUAGAACAGUCAGUCGACGAGGUUCCGACUGUGGCGCCGUUGAAGAAUUUGCUGGAAGAGCAGCUCCGAUGGGAGGACGAGUACGCCAACGAGAUGAAAGAGCGCCUUGAACGGGAGCGAGAGGAGAAGCAGCGAAUUCUGAAGGAGGCCGAGGAGCGGCGAGCCAAGAUGAUGAAGCAGCUAGAGGACGAAGAGCGGGAGAUUGAACGACUGAUGGAGGUCAAGCGGCAGGAGCGCCUCGCCAAGCUGCGAGCGCUCCAGGAAGAGCUCAAUCUUGGAUUCAGUUUGGGCGCAAGUUCUGCUGUUGGUUCAUCACAAUUUGAGAUUCACGUGAAGUUGUUGUCGACGUGGAGUAAAACGCGCGUUGUGGGGCUCACUCAGAUCUGCGUGUAUGAUCUGAACGGCGAAGAGCUACCGGUUGAUGUGGAAUCCGUACAACUUUUCGAUCAGCCUACUGGGAAAUCGCUACCCAGAACGAACGAUAUGGUGCGCGGCUUGCAGAAACUUUUCAAUGGAGUGGCUCAGACGAAUGCUGAGAAGGACAUGUGGCUGGGGCGUUUGGGGGACUCAGGCGUGCUUCUUGUUAGAUUCGAAGUAUCGUCAGCUCCAAGCAAACUCUGCAUCUGGAACCACAACAGCAGAACCCAUACUGCGUGCACACGCGACAUCGAAGUUUUGGUCAGUGGCAAAUGCGUGUGGACGGGCUCGUUGCCUGAAACCUUUGGAGACCCAGACGACAGCACGUGCACGUGGAUUGAUUUACUUGGUACCGCUCGGAAGACGUCGCGUACUGCUCCGGUGACGAGCCGGUCUACAAGCAACCUUGAUACGUGGAUGGCAGACGAGAAGCCUUCCUCCGGCAACGUGACUAGCCGACGGAGGCAAGGGAAACCGCUGCAUUCAAGCCUCGGCAGUGAUACGAAACCCCGAUACGAACAAAACGGGGUGGCACCUUCACUGGCUUCCCUCUCGUCCUGGGACAGCCUCGAGAAGUUCAGCAAGACGAACCGAACGGAUAUUCCUGUGCUCCCGAGUGGCAAGUGGCUGCAGAUUGAGAUUCUGAGUACGUGGGGUGAUCCCUACUACGUCGGGCUCAAUGGGGUGGAGAUUUUCGAUCAACGCGGCGAGUUGGUGAAAUUCCACGAUCCCGUACGGCAGGUGACUGCCUGUCCUGAGAGCAUUAACGUGCUGGAAGAGAACAGUGACGACCCACGCGUCCCCAAGAAUCUCGUGGAUGGGGUCAACUUUACAUGCGACGACUUCCACAUGUGGCUGGCACCUUUCACACCAGGCCAGGCGCACUACGCCCUCCUGGAGAUGAACGCCUCAGUCUCAAUAUCGAUGGUACGGAUCUGGAACUACAACAAGUCGCGCACGCACACGUGCCGCGGAGUGCGCGAGAUACGGCAAGCUCCUGGCUUGGUAGGAGCUGACAGUAUGGAGAUCUCCAACGAGGUGAUACUUUUCACUCAGGAAACAGCAAUUCUGGAGGCUAUUGAGGCGAAUGAUGAGGCUUUACGGACUCUGGCUGGAGAGCAACAGCGGGAAGAUGAAGAGACUCGAGAGAUUGUGGCGUCCGUGCAUCGAUCGAUGGAGCUGCAACGCCCUCGUACGUCCGAUGCUGGCUCUCGCACAGUCGAACAGAACCAGGAAAGCGACAGGGAUGACAAUACGACGUUGAGGACUUCGAUUGAUUCCUGGGUGAUCAGUGAGGAACCUCAACAGCGAUCACCAGAUGCAAUGAAAACAAGUGAAGGCGUUGGAGGUGGAAGUAGCAGUGGUGAGGUGGGUUUGGACGAAAACCUGCCGCGUGGUAGGCGCCUCACGCUGCAGCUUCACAGUACAUGGGGCGAUAGGAAUUACAUCGGGCUAACGCAACUGGGAUACGUUGGCGAUCCACGCACAAUUGACAAGUUAAUGGAUGGCGAAGCUACAACUUGCGAUGACACGCACAUGUGGCUCGUCCCGCUGGAAUCUGGAGCUGCCCCCGAAGUGCGGAUCGAGCUCAAGACGGCUCAGUACUUCUACGGUCUGCGCAUCUGGAACUACAACAAGUCUCCAGAGGAUACCUACCGCGGUGUCAAGCAGCUUGUCGUGGCGUUAGAUGGCGUUGUGAUUUCCCCUAGGGAGACCGGCUUCUUGCUGCGUAAAGCGCCAGGCGUCGCGGACUUUGACUUUGGACAACUUGUGAGAUUUUCAGAAGACACGGGGACCGAGGAUAAACUUCCGACCUACUCGGAGCGCGUCCAUUAUCCAUUCAACGCUCGAGCGUACAAGACGCCAAUCGUUCGGCAAGACUACGAAGCGCCUCUGUAUCCUCAAGGCUUCUUUCUCAAGAUCAUUUGCUGGACGACAUGGGGAGAUCCGUACUACCUCGGCCUAAAUGGACUCGAGUUGUACGAUUUUGCUGGCGCUCGGAUACUCGAUAAGCCGCCGAUUGUUACCGCAGUGCCGUACUCAGUCUCGGAGUUGGACAAUUCAAGUGGACGGCAGCAAGACACGCGAAUUCCUGAUAAUUUAUUAAGCGGUCGCGACAAGAACACGUGGGAGGCGCAUGACGCGUGGCUGGCCUCUCUGGCAAGUUCUCUAGGGAACCAACAAGGCAACAUCGUGUACAUUGGAUUCGAUACGCCAGUGGUGCUGUCGAUGAUCAAGUUCUGGAACUACAGCAAGACGCCUGAGCGCGGCGUGAAAGAUGUGGAUAUUUACUUGGACGACAUGCACCUGUUCUCUGGAUCUUUAAGAAAGGCGCCAGCGGCCGAUGUCCACGCAGCUAGCGGCCGCUUUGGGAAGGUGCACAAGGUGACGGAGCAGUUUGGACAGGCCGUGCUGUUCUCAGCGAGUCAAGCUCAAGUGGACGCCGAGAAGCGCAGUGUCUACUAUUGCGGUGUUGAGGAGCAGGACGUCUUGGGGAUCAAUGAGGGCCAGGUCAUGCAAGAGUCUCGAGCGAUGUACCGCAAACCCGACCCAGGAGCGGAAGGGGUCGUGGUCGAUCUCGAUCUGCGGCCAAUGACGGCCGUGUGUCGGCAGUAA